AUGCCUGCUUCCAAGGGUAACCUCCAGAACGCCAUCGAGUCUAAGGGCAUCAAGUUCCAGAUCAAGACCGGCAGCGCCAAGUACGAGUGCAACAUCCUCGACCGCGCUACCCACGAGCGUGUCAAGGCCACCAGAACCAACUCUACCGACACCCAGAGCAGCACGUCGUCUGCUUCUACCAUCAGCAGCACCUCCCACUAG